CUUCCCCUGCUCGCAGGGGCGGUGAUGUUUCUGUUCGAGGGCGCCUUCGGCAACGUCCUGCACACCGGCGACUGCCGCCUCACCCCCGACUGCAUUCAGGGCCUGCCGUUCAGGUACAUCACCGCUGAGGCACCAGGAGCGAGCCAGGCGCCGCCGUCGUGCCGCAUCGACUACCUCUUCCUGGACUGCACGUUUGCCAAGUGCCCGCUGCAAUUCCCGGCCAAGGAGGCCUCCAUACGUCAGGUGAUCAACUGCAUCUGGGAGCACCCGAAUGCGCCGACAGUAUAUCUCGUGUCCGACAUGCUGGGACAGGAGGACAUACUGAUCGAGGUGUCCAGGGCGUUUGGGUCGAAGAUAUACGUCGACAGGGACAAGAAUUCAGAGUGCUACCACACCCUCUCGCUCGUCGCACCGGAAAUCCUCACCGAGGACGUGUCCUCUCGCUUUCAGGUGAUCGAAUUCCCCCGGUUGUUGGAGCGGGCAACGGAGAUGCUUGCAUUAGCACGGGCGAGGCAGCAGCCUGAGCCCCUCAUCAUCAGGCCUUCUACCCAGUGGUACGCGCACUACGCGGCACCAGAGGCGUCGCUGAAGCAGAAGCCGGCGCUGACGGAGCCUAUGCGGGAUGAAUUCGGGGUGUGGCACGUGUGCUUGACGAUGCAUUCGUCUCGCGAGGAGCUGGAGCAGGCCCUGCGAUUCCUCCAGCCCAAGUGGGUCAUCUCGACAACACCUCCUUGCCUUGCCAUGGAUCUGGCCUAUGUCAAGAAACACUGCUUCCUGUCCCGGCUAGGCCCCGAUGAUCCCAUCUGGAAGUUGCUCAGAAUACCUCAUGGAAAUGCUACUGUCACAGGCUCACCGCAGGCGUCAAGAACCACAGUAGAAGCCAUCAAGCAGAGUGAGGAACAAGAGUCAGAAGACACUUGGUCUGCUGUUUGCAGCCAGGUAUUACAAGAUGAAGGACCAGUGUUACAAGAUUUUGCAAUUGAAGUGGCGCAGCCCGUGACAUUGUUUGGGAGAGCAAGGCUUGGAUUACCUCAGGACUGUGAACUGUGGAAAGACGAGUAUGAGAGUGUUCAAGUGGCCGAGGAGGCCAAAUUUGAGGAGGAAUUGCAGAAUUCAAAUGCAAAAUCCUUCGAGCUAUGGAAGGACUUCAAAUCUGACAAGGGCACUGCCCACAUGAUUGAUUUAACUCAAGCUGUAACAAACGAGCUCCAUGAUUCAGCAACAGAACCUGAGUUGCAGAAGGACUGUGAAUCCAUCGACGGCAUUCAAGUAAUCGACAUUACUCAUGAUGACGUGUGUGAGCACAGCUCGAGUAGGGACGGCGGUGCUGAACUUGCCAAGGAUAUGAAAUGCAAUGAGGGUGCAGAACAAAUCAGGUUAUCUAGAUUCGAGGCGAAAGAAGAGAAUUCAACUGCAAGAGCCAGGUUCUCGGAAAUUUGCAAGCCCAGGGAGAGUGUCAAAUUCACCGCUGAGACAAUAGGCAAGCAAGCUAAAAUAGAAGCAACAGAAGAACUGCUUUCCGAGGAUCGCACUGUUCUAUCCGACAUUAGCAACAGAUCUGAAGGCCCUGACACUGACAGAGCAGAUACUGCUGGAGUCGGGUCAUCGAAGGUUUUGAAUGCGAAGCUGAGGAGGUUGUACAGGUCGAUGAACGUGGCAGUUCCUCGGCCAUUGCCGUCAUUGGUGGAGCUCAUGGGAGCCUCCAAACGACCAAGGGUCUCCUCCCAGUUUCAUCUAUGAAAGGCCUUUUGUUAUUAUUAUUUUUUGA